AUGAAGACCACUGUAGUGCUCGUCCUGAUAUGCUGCCACACCGUGCUGUGUUUCUGCAGCGUGCGAGCAAACGACACGACAAACGAUGUGGAACCCUUCCAAGGAUUGAAAACAAACCUUAUGCUGCAGGUGCUGAAACGGCUGGACGAAAUUGAUCAGCGCAUAAGCCAUUUGGAACGGAGAAUACAGAGCAACCACCAUAUAACCACAGCGUUCAUCAGGGACAAAUUGGAUGGAAUCAAUGAUAAGCUUGAAAGCAUCAACAAAACGUUGCGUCAAAAUGUGGGCACGUAUUAUGCGUCCUGCCAGGAAGCGCCGGCCAUGCUGAGUGAUGUGUACACAAUCAAACCACCGGCAUCGAGUGUGGCCCCGUUCCGAGUGUACUGUGAGCAAAGCUACCGACAGGGUGGCUGGAUUGUGAUCAGCCGUCGAUUUGAUGGAUCGCUCAACUUUACCCGGGAUUGGAUAGACUAUCGGGACGGUUUCGGAACACCCGAGGGCGAAUAUUGGCUGGGUUUGGAGAAGAUGCAUCGCAUCACGGGAGCCGAUUACUUUCAGCUGUUGGUACAUCUUAAGGACUACGAAGGAACGGUCAAGACGGCACUGUACGAUGAGUUUGAGAUUGGUAACGAAUCCUCCGGAUAUCGGCUACAUUUGGGUGCGUUCGUCGAAGGGAACGCUAAGGAUUCGUUACGGCCCAGCGUUGGGAUGAAGUUUUCCACACCUGACCGGGAUAACGAUGAGCAUCCGGGGUCUUGUGCGGAUUAUUACGCUAGUGGAUGGUGGUUCCGAAACUGUAUGAAUGCUAAUCUCAAUGGAGUCUAUCGGCGGCUCGACCCACGAAAUGCGACAAUGAACUGGUUCGGUUUCCGCGACGACCUUCAAGGGUUGAAGGAGGCAACGAUGAUGAUAAGGGAGGUGUCAUCGUAGUAUGCUUCAGCUUCACGUACUGUAUUUACUAACCUUGCAGCAAGCGCAUUCUCGUUGCAAUGAAGACGCCAUUCUUGUAGCUUCUAAUGUGAG